UUCUUUCCUCCGCCUUCAUGCGUUAUCCAUGAACGCCACCUCCACCCAACCACUCUCUCUGCUCUUCCCCGCCGCCGGCUCCUCCUCCCCCUCCUCCGCAGUUGUUUUCUCUCUCUAGAUGGAACCGACCAUGACCGUCGACAUAUCUCCUGUGAGCGCCGCCCUUGAUUCUGAUUGUGUCCAGCAAUGAUCCACCCUUUUAUGGUCGUCCAUGUUCGUUCCCAGAUUUGGUUGCGCAGAAGGCAAAAAGCUUUAUUUCGGGGCUGAACUGAUCUGCAGUAUCUAGUUUGGUGAUUAUAUAGAGAUUUGAGGAGUACCUAACAAGUAGUUUGAUAGUUUGAUUCUUUUGUGGGUAUAUUUUGGUAUGUAGAGUAGUUUCUUUGGAGAACGCGAUUGGGUAUGUUUUGGUAUGCAGAGUAGUUUUGUUUGGAUAAAGACUAGGUGAAAUAGUUGAGAUUUUGGUGUUUCCAAAAUUUAGGAUUAGGGUUUUUGUUUUGUUGCGAUCUAGGUUGUUUUUAGCUGAUUUAUAUAGCUCAGAAGUGGGUUUAGGGUUUUGAUCUGCUGGAUUAGAGGUCUUUGGUUGGGUCGAUUUUGCACCCAAAGUGUUUGGUGAAAGUUAAAAAAAAAAAAAAAAAGGAAUUUGUUAGAUGUCCAAGGAGGGUUUGGCUUUGAAUCUGUGAUUGGAUUUUGAAAGUGGCGAAAAUGAGUUUGGGCGCGGCCGAGGAUGAAAAUUCAACGUCGGAGAUUCAUAUUCCGGCGGAUGUAGAUUGGCAUAUGCUUGAUAAAUCAAGGUUUUUCAUCCUUGGUGCCGCUUUAUUUUCCGGUGUGUCCGGCGCCCUUUAUCCCAUUGUAGUGUUAAAAACGCGACAACAGGUUUCGCCUACGCAAAUUUCUUGUUUCAGAAUGUCCUAUUCCAUGUUGAACCACGAGGGUUUGAGAGGAUUUUACAGAGGAUUUGGCACAUCCCUGAUGGGAACAAUCCCGGCUCGGGCCCUUUACAUGGCUGCCCUUGAAGUCACUAAGAGUAAUGUAGGAGCAGCAACUCUGAGAAUAGGGUUUUCCGAAACAACUGCAGCAGCUAUCGCUAAUGCUGCUGCAGGGUUGAGUUCAGCCAUGGCCGCCCAGCUUGUUUGGACUCCAAUUGAUGUAGUGAGCCAAAGGCUUAUGGUUCAAGGCAGUAGCAAAACAAUCAUUCCCAAUGUUAAUGCAUAUAAGUAUCGCGGUGGCAUCGAUGCAUUCAGCAAAAUUCUGUAUUCUGAUGGACUGCGAGGCCUAUACAGGGGGUUCGGGAUUUCGAUAUUGACUUACGCUCCAUCAAAUGCAGUUUGGUGGAGUACUUACUCUAUAGCUCAUAGGCUCAUCUGGGGUGGGAUUGGAUGCUAUUCCAGCAAUAAAGAUGAGAAUGGUGGAGUCAUAGGUUCCAGUUUUAGGCCGGAUUCAAAGAGCAUGGUGGCAGUUCAGGGGUUGAGCGCCGCCAUGGCCAGUGGGGUUUCAGCUUUAAUCACCAUGCCACUUGAUACAAUUAAGACGAGAUUGCAGGUUUUGGAUGGAGAAGAAGGUGGAUGUCGAUCGCCAACCAUUGGUCAGACAAUUAAGAAUUUGAUGAAGGAAGGUGGACUUGGAGCUUGUUACAGAGGAUUGGGGCCGAGGUGGGCUUCAAUGUCGAUGUCUGCAACAACCAUGAUCACUACCUAUGAGUUCUUGAAAAGGCUAUCUACUAAGAACCAAUAGAGCUUGACCUCAGAAGCAGUAAGAAGAAAUGAAAAAACAGAUAUAGAAUUGUUGUUUGGAAUCCCUGUAAUCUGAUUUAUGUGUAAUUUACCUUCCUUUUCUUGUUAUGUUGAAUAUCAUUGCAUAUCCAUGUAUAGCAAUAAUAGCCUUUUAGUUCUUUACCUUAGAACAUUAA